AACCCACUCUCAACACGUCUGAUCUUUCUCUUUAUAUGUCUGUGUUUGUGUACAUUCAUUUCUGUGUGACUAAUUCGGCUUCAGAUGAUGAUGAUGUCCAUUUGACUGGGUGAUGCUGAGUCUCAGCUGACCACACGUCCCCUUAUUUUUGUUUGCAUGAGAGGGUUCUGAAUCUUGUGUUUGUUCAGUUUUGAUGUGGAUCCUCCUCUCAGUGUGUGUGUAUGUCUAUGUAUAACUUUCUGUCUGUUGGGUUGAUUUGACCUUUAAGCUGAUGUUGCAUGUGCUACUGAUUGUUCUUGAUGUUGGUGAUCUCUGUGAGUGAAUAUCUGUAUGUGAGGGCAGCAUGUGGUGGUUUCAGCAGGGGCUUUGUGCUCUCCCGGUGACUCUGGUGAUCUGGUCAUCUGCUACAUUCCUCAUCUCUUAUGCCACAGCAGUCGUGUUGGGCCAUGCUGAUCUACUCGUUCCAUACAUAAGUGACACGGGCACUGAGGUUCCCGAACGCUGUGUGUUUGGCUUCAUGCUGUCAAUCUCAGGUUUCCUAGGGUUGGGCACCAUGUAUGUUCGACAUAAACAAGUUCAGGCUUUGAUUUCGUCUUCUGAGUCAGGCUUACAGCUGCUGAACUACACAGGCCUCUUGAUGGGCAUCGCCAGCACUGUCGGGAUGUGUGUUGUGGCCAACUUUCAGAAAACAGAUAUGACAUCCAUCCACCUUCUCGGAGCAGGCCUGACCUUUGGUCCUGGGACGUUGUACAUCCUGGUCCAGACUGGCAUGUCAUACCGCAUGCAGCCGCGUUUCCAUGGCAGGGAUAUUCUGUGGGCGCGCAUGACUGUGGGAAUGUGGUCGCUCAUUAGCAUCAUUACACUUUUCAUAUCCUCUGUGUUAAUGUAUGAUGAACUGCCUGGCGUGGCUGUAGCUAAUAAGUUACACUGGCAGCCCGGAGAGAGAGGUUUUCUAGCACACCAGGUCAGUGCUGCAGCCGAGUGGUCUCUGGCAUUCUCCUUCAUCUGCUUCUUCCUCACAUACAUACAUGAUUUCCAGAAAAUCACUCUGCGGGUUCAGCCUGUUCUCCAGAGUAACCAUCUCUACGACUCUCCUCACUCUGAAGAGAGAGAGCACAUGCGUGGAGAACGCUCACCUCUGCUGGCUGGUGCCAUGUGAGACACUGCCACUGUGUGUCUGACAUCCAGCACUGCACUCAUAUUCAGAGGACACAAACUUCUCACGUUCAAGAGAAGCUUCUGUACGCUCUAAGCUUUAUGCCUUAUUCUGAGAAUAUUGAGAGAAAGUCUAGUUAUGUACAAACAUUUUUACACAAGCCAAGUCAAUACAGUAUCACACUGCGUUUUCCUUUUAAUUUGAAAAGAAACAAUAUUUCGACACAUUUCAGUGCUUUUACAAUUAUUCUUGAAAUAUGGAGAUGGAAUGUAUUGUUUUUGUUUCAUUUCAUUCACUGGAUCCGUUUUGUUGUUGAAUUCAGCAUGUUUCCACUGGCUCAGUUUCUGUGACAUCGAACCUUCUGGUCAAAACAAGCCUUAUGUGCAUUAAAUACAGCAGCUUAUCACAAUACAGUUACCCAUGACCCCCAACAAGACCCUGACACAAAUGACAAACAGAUGUAUGAGUAUGACAGCAUAAAUAAAAACAAUCUGACGUUUAA